CGCACCCGCCUAUGGAAUUCAGUUUUGAUGGAAAUUAAGAUAUGUGCGGCAGAAGCACCUGGGGUUUCUGCAGGGUCUAUUAAUGAGCUUUGGCUUUCCAUAUGGGUGCCCGUCGAAUUCACUCCAGCUGACCUGAAAACAUAAAAAAAGAUGUCACCAGCAGGCAAAAUGAGGGCGAAGCUCCGAUGGAGCAAUAUCUACUCAUUUGCUUGCCUCCGUCCACAGGUCCUAGAGCCGGAGCGGCCGCUUUCCCUCAGUGGGCCUGGUUUCUCACGAGUUGUAUACUGCAACCAACCUCGUAUGCACCAGAGAAAGCCUCUGAAAUACCCAUCAAAUUAUAUAUCCACCACAAAAUACAAUAUCAUCACCUUCCUGCCCAAGGCAAUCUUUGAGCAGUUCCGGCGGGUGGCAAAUCUCUACUUUCUAAUGGCUGCAAUUCUGUCACUCACACCCAUUGCUCCAUUCUCUGCUGUGAGUAUGAUAGCCCCACUAGCCUUUGUUGUUGGUCUCAGUAUGGCGAAGGAAGCUUUAGAAGAUUGGCGUAGAUUUAUGCAGGAUAUGGAGGUCAAUUCCCGAAAAGUUAGUACUCAUAAAGGGGAUGGUAGUUUUGGUUACAAACCAUGGCAGAAGGUUCGAGUUGGAGAUGUUCUAAAAGUCGAAAAGGACCAAUUUUUUCCUGCAGAUUUACUUCUGUUAUCAUCUAGCUAUGAAGAUGGGAUUUGCUAUGUGGAGACUAUGAAUUUGGAUGGUGAGACAAACUUGAAGGUCAAGAGAUCUUUGGAGGUAACAUUGCCCUUGGACCAAGAUUUAGCUUUCAAAGAUUUUUCCGGAAUAAUCACAUGUGAAGACCCAAACCCUAACCUCUACACUUUUGUGGGUAAUCUUGAGUAUGACCGUCUGGUCUAUGCGCUUGACCCUAGUCAGAUUCUCAUUCGAGAUUCUAAGCUCAGAAACACUGCUUAUGUGUACGGGGUGGUAAUAUUCACUGGCCAUGACAGCAAAGUUAUGCAGAAUUCAACAAAAUCACCCUCCAAAAGGAGCCAAAUUGAAAGAAAAAUGGAUUACGUCAUCUACUUCCUUUUUACCCUGCUCGUAUUAAUCUCAUUGAUCAGCUCUUUAGGCUUUGCAGUGAAGACGAAGUUUGACAUGCCAAAGGCGUGGUACUUGCAACCAAAGAAUACCACAAAUUUGUAUGACCCAUCAAGGCCUGCAUUGUCAGGCAUUUUCCAUCUGGUCACUGCUCUUAUCCUCUAUGGAUAUUUAAUACCCAUCUCACUCUAUGUUUCAAUUGAGGUAGUGAAAGUUUUGCAAGCCAUGUUCAUUAACCAAGACUUGCACAUGUAUGAUGAAGAGACUGGGAAUCCUGCACAAGCACGAACAUCAAAUUUGAAUGAGGAGCUAGGUCAGGUUGACACAAUUCUCUCUGAUAAGACUGGCACUUUGACGUGCAAUCAGAUGGAUUUCCUCAAGUGUUCUAUUGCUGGUGUUUCUUAUGGUGUAUCUUCCAGUGAAGUCGAAAUUGCUGCAGCACAGCAGAUGGCUUUUGACUUUGAUGGGGAGAAUUCAGAACUUUCUGGUGUCCCCAUGCACAACAGCAGCAUUCAUGAUCCUUGGGAUAACAAUAGGGUUCAUGCUGUGGAUUCAGAGUUUGAACUAGAGACUGUUGUUACGUCUAAGGGUGAAAAGGUAAAGGGAUUCAGUUUUGAGGACAGUCGCCUCAUGGAUGGAAAUUGGUUGAAAGAACCCAAUGCAGAUGCCAUUUUGUUAUUCUUUCGGAUAUUGGCUGUUUGUCACACUGCAAUUCCUGAGCCUAAUGAGAAAACUGGCAGUUUCAAUUACGAAUCAGAGUCACCAGAUGAAGGAGCUUUUCUUGUUGCAGCUAGGGAGUUUGGAUUUGAGUUCUGUAGACGGACUCAAACAAGUGUUUUUGUCAACGAAAGAUAUCCUUCUGCGCACCCAAUUGAGAGGGAGUUCAAAGUCCUAAAUUUAUUGGAAUUCAAUAGCAAAAGAAAGCGAAUGUCUGUAAUUGUCCGGGAUGAGGAUGGGCAGAUUUUUCUUCUGUGCAAAGGUGCAGACAGCAUAAUUUUUGAUCGCCUAGCCAAAAAUGGAAGAACAUUUGUGGAGGAUACGACUAAGCAUUUGAAUGAAUAUGGAGAAGCAGGGUUGCGGACAUUGGCACUUGCAUUCAAAAAACUAGAAGAGUCUGAAUAUUCUGCUUGGAACAGUGAGUUCCUCCGAGCAAAAACUACUAUAGGUCCUGACAGAGAGGCUAUGCUUGAAAGCGCCGCAGAUAUGAUGGAGAGGGAUCUGAUUCUCGUUGGUGCAACUGCGGUAGAGGACAAACUACAGAAAGGGGUGGCGCAGUGCAUAGAUAAACUGGCACAAGCUGGUCUCAAGAUCUGGGUUCUGACAGGCGAUAAGAUGGAAACUGCAAUCAACAUAGGAUAUGCGUGCAGUCUACUCCGUCAAGGCAUGAAGCGGAUUUGCAUAACAACAAUGAAUACAGAAUUGGUAGGCCAAGAUGCCAAGAAGGCUGUGAAAGAAGACGUUUUGAUACAAAUUACAAAUGCUUCCCAAAUGAUUGAGCUGGAGAAGGACCCGCAUGCUGCCUUUGCUUUGGUUAUUGAUGGGAAAACUCUUGCCUAUGCUUUAGAGGAUGAUAUCAAGCAUCAAUUUCUGAGUUUAGCUGUUGACUGUGCAUCUGUAAUAUGCUGCCGGGUCUCACCAAAGCAGAAAGCACUGGUGACUAGAUUGGUAAAAGAGGGAACUGGAAAAACAACUCUAGCAAUUGGUGAUGGUGCAAAUGAUGUUGGUAUGAUUCAAGAGGCGGACAUUGGCAUAGGUAUCAGUGGGGUUGAAGGGAUGCAGGCUGUAAUGGCUAGUGACUUUUCCAUUUCCCAGUUUCGGUUUUUGGAGCGGCUUCUUGUUGUCCAUGGGCACUGGUGCUAUAAGAGGAUUGCCCAGAUGAUAUGCUACUUCUUUUACAAGAAUAUAGCUUUCGGCCUCACCCUCUUCUACUUUGAGGCAUACACUGGAUUUUCUGGGCAGCCAGUCUAUGAUGACUGGUAUAUGCUACUGUUCAAUGUCAUGCUUACUGCAUUGCCUGUCAUUUCACUAGGAGCUUUUGAGCAAGAUGUCUCUUCUGAAGUCUGCUUACAGUUCCCAGCUCUGUAUCAACAAGGACCUAGAAAUCUGUUCUUUGAUUGGUAUAGGAUAUUUGGGUGGAUGGCAAAUGGUCUCUAUUCAUCUCUCGUCACCUUCUUCCUCAAUAUAAACAUCUUCUAUGACCAGGCUUUCCGUGCCGAAGGUCAGACUUCGGACAUGGCUGCUGUAGGAACUACAAUGUUCACUUGCAUCGUAUGGGCCGUAAACUGCCAGAUUGCACUCACAAUGUGCCACUUUACAUGGAUCCAACACCUCUUCAUCUGGGGCAGUGUCUUCACAUGGUACAUCUUUCUUAUCCUCUAUGGAAUGGUCUCACCACUCAUUUCCGGUAGUGUCUUCAAAAUAUUUGUGGAAGCUCUUGCCCCGGCACCUAUUUAUUGGUCUGUCACCCUCUUGGUAACAAUUGCUUGUAAUCUCCCCUACCUGAUCCACAUUUCAUUCCAAAGAUCCUUCCACCCCAUGGACCAUCAUGUCAUCCAAGAAAUCAAGUACUACAGGAAAGACGUGGAGGAUAAACACAUGUGGAGAAGGGAACGAUCCAAAGCAAGGCAAGAAACCAAGAUUGGGUUCAGUGUGAGUGUGGAGUCCAAGAUCAGGCAGUUGAAAAACAAGCUGCAGAAGAAGUAUUCUUCUCUAAGUGUGCAAAAUGUAAUCACAACUUCAUAAGGAUGCCCAUUGCUUUUAUUUCCCACCCUUUAUUUUUUUUUGUUAGGGUUUCAUGGCUCAUCCUCCUUUUUUUAUUCUCCUUCCCCCCCCCCUCCAUUUCGGUUCUCCUUAGUCUUCUUUCAGUAUUAUUUUUCCAUCCCGAGUGCAUAGUGUUGGCGCAGGUCCCCAUUAUAGCAGAACACUGAAGUUGUCUGUACAAUAUUUAUAAAGCUUAAGAGUUGCAGCUUAUGGAAA